UGCUGUGCGUUGCUUGAGAGGGCGGUGAAGUUACCGAGACUUGCGCUGCAGCCAAUCAUAAAUACUUGAAUCUGAAAACUGGGAAGUCUGUCUGUGUUGGGCUAAACGAAAAUUUACAGCCAAACGUUUGACAAAGGGGUUUAAACUUUUAAAUUACCCCGUUCUGGAAUGCAACACAUUUUGAAGCAGUUUGCCUUGGGCGCACUGCAUUGCAUUGCAUUUUCACCCACAUGAGUGCGCUAUGCCGUGGAGUUUUGAGAAACGUUGUAGAAACUACAGCUCCCAGGAGCGAAUGUACACAAACAUCCAUGGCUUCUGUUUGAGGUGAUCUCUCGGCCUGUUGGUGGUUUCCGGACACAGUUUCGCUCUGUUAUUAAUAUUGUCCUGAAUACUUUCAUUGAGGUGGUGGGGGCAGGAAGAAUCCAACAGUUUAAAAACAAUGCACAGAAAGGCGAGUUGAUUCGUUCCCUUUGCAAAAUGUAACGCAAUUCCGUGCUGUAGGUCAGAAAAGAGUAUUUGGUAUUUUUUUUAAUACCAAAGGUUUCGAUUCUUAUUAAAGCGUACAUCAAGUGGUCUGUCAGUGAUUGUAUUUCCCACUGAAGGCAUCACUCUAGAUUGAACAUGUUAACAGCAAAGAAACACUGGGUUAUGACUAGCCUUCGCGCUGCUAGGAUGCUCUCGGGUCACCGAUCAUUGAGCAAAAGCCUCCAAGAAUGUUACAGCUUGCUUAAUAUACAGGAAAACUGCAACCACGAUGAAGUGAAGGAAGCUUAUGUCAAACUGGCCAAGUUAUAUCAUCCGGAUAGUGGCUCUGAUGGCGCAGAUCCUCUAAAGUUCAUGCAGGUUGAAGAAGCCUACAAGGCUGUUGUCAAGCAUUUAGCAGAGAGAAGAAAGGCGGAGUCUGAUCAAAAAUUGGAUGAAGAAGAACAAUCCAAGUACCUAGCACCUCAGCACAGACAGUAUCUGAACUUUGAAGGCAUUGGUAUUGGAACACCUAGUCAAAGAGAGAAACAAUACAGAAAGUUCAGAGUCAACCGUGCAACUGAUCAAGUGUUGGAUUAUAGGAAACAGAAACUACAAGCUCAGGAUCUGGAAAAUACAAUGAUGGUGAAGGAUGUACAGCAGAGCAAAAAAACAAAAAUAACCCAAGCAGUGGAACGACUGGUGGAAGAUCUCAUCCAGGAGUCGAUGGCCAAAGGCGAUUUUGAUAACCUCAGUGGUAAAGGGAAACCAUUGCAAAAGUUUUCACAAUAUCCAUACAUUGAUCCCAUGACACAUAAUCUGAACAGGAUACUCAUAGAAAAUGGAUAUCAACCAGAAUGGAUUGUCCGGCAAAAAGAAAUAAAGCAAACUAUGGAGAAGCUUAGAAAUGACAUGAUGAGUUACAGGAAAAAACUCGGUGAGCCCCUGACUGUCUACACUCAGAAACAUUGGGACCUAAACUGUGAGCAAUUCAGAAAUGAUAUUAAACAACUUAAUAAAACAGUAGAUAGAUUCAAUUUAAUUGUACCUCUACUGAACAGGCAGAUGCUGCACUUUGACCCAGAUAAGGAGCUUGCUGUUAUAUUGAAAAACUAUGAUGCGUUAAUGGAAGCAAACAAAACCACUUCAGAGAUUAUUGGAAAAUCAACUGAGGAAAGUAGUACAAAAAAUAACCUGUUUAAUUGGAUCAAACUUUUCCUGAAAUAUAGUCAGAGGAAGUAGUGAAAGUUUGUAAUUUUCGUGAUCAGAAUGUUAAUUUAUUCAUUUAAUUAUAUUUUUAAAAAAUGUGCAACAGAGGAGCACAUUACUUACAAUAGUAGCAGGCCAUUCACUCAGAUUAUGGUUUAUUUUUAGUUUAAUGCAAUUUUAUCCACAAUUUCUCCAUAUCGCAUGAUGCCUUUGCCUAUCUAAAUUCUAUCCAUUUUAAUCUUGUGCUUCAACAUUUCCUUUCUUUAUAUAUAUCCUCUCAUUCUAAAUUUUUCUUCCAUCUGCCAAACCAAGGAAUAAUUACCAUAUUCGGCAAAUAAAUUAGCAUCUGUUCACACCAAUAAAUGUUCUUUGUUGUGGUGUUUAAUAUGCAAUAAUUCUAUCUGCAAUAUACUGCAUGUAAGAAAAAAAUGUGUUGGUUCAUUUAAUGAAUGCUGCACUUUUUUCCUUAUUGGAAUGUUCAAGGAGACAUUAACUGGAAGCCUCUACUAAAUCUUGUUAAAAUAAUGGAUUAAUAAAACCUUAAUUUUGUGGCAUAAAAUACAUUGUACUUAACAAAAAAUUGAAAUGGUUACAAUAUAUUACAUUGCACAAAUAGCACUAUGUAUAAACGCUCAGAAUUUUCUGGAACUUGUUCACUUCUGAAAUUGUUUUAUUUAAAUUGUC